AUCCACUUUUAGGCUUAGGAGUGAUAAAUUGGAAGCCAUCACUAGCUAAAAUUCAAAAGAAAUUAGCGGGUCGGAAAGGUAAGUUACUUUCCUUUGGUGGCAAAAUUAUUUUAAAUAAGCAUAUUUUGAAAAGUAUGUCUAUUCACAUGCUUUCAGUUAUGAAUUUGCCUAAGGGGGUUUUGUCGGCGCUCAAAGGAAUUUUUUUCAAACUUUUUAUGGGGUUCAACCAUAGAAAAUAAAAAGAGGAAGUGGAUUUCGUGGUUAGGUAGAGGAAGGGAGGCUUGGAAUACGGGAUUUAUCAGAGAUUCAAACUUCUUUGCUUAUGAAGUUCACAUGGAAAAUUAUUCAAGGCAAUUCUUUGUGGUCUAAUUUUUUCUCUACUAAAUAUGUGGGUGAUGCUCACAUUUCUUCGAUCAUGAAUCUAAGAAGGGGAUCUCGGUUUUGGAAAGGGAUUAUGCGAUUAAUGCCUAUAGUUUUGGAUAAUUCCCGAUGGGUGCUUCGUAGUGGUCAUUCCAAUUUUUCAUUCGACGACUGGCUGGGAGAUGGGCCUUUGGCGGAAAACAGUUUAGUGGUAGGUGAUACUGGGUUGAAGGUGUGGUCCCUAUGGUUUGAUUUAGGGUGGAAUGUUGAGAUGUUGCAGAAUCUUCUCUGAGCAGCUGAUGGAGAAAAUGGUUCACUCGGGUAUCAGAUUGAGGGAAGGAGAGAAUAAAUGUAUUUGGGUGUCUUCGGUGGAUGGGGAUUUCUCAACUAAGUCAGCGUGGCAGCUUGUGCAAAAAAAAUGAGAAAUUUGUCUUUGGCGCAGGUGGUUGUGGCAAGAUUUAAUGCCUAAAAAAAUGUCAUUUUUCUGUUGGAGGGCUAGACAAAAAGCAGUUCCAGUUGAUGAAGUUAUUCAGCAGCUGGGCAUCCCGUUGGCGUCAAAAUGUUGUUGUUGUGGUGUGCCAAAUAUUGAGACUUUAGACUAUGCUCUUUGUGAGGGGAAGUGGCCGAAAAAAGUAUGGAGGUAUUUUUCUGCUCUGUGGGAUUCGAUUGCCAGGUUUCUUGACUUGCGAUGGGAUGAUGAAUUUUUGGUGGGGACGUGCGGCAACUUCAUCUCAGGCUGGCUGGGUUCAUGUGCAUCUCGGAUGGAGGGUGUUAGCUAUGAUUGGAGGGCCGUUAUGCGAGUUGUGAAAGUGAAUUUAAGGGACAUAUCAAAUAGGUUGUGGCACUUCAAAAAGAUGGGAGCUAAUGAUUUGUUAGUUUUGCAGAAACUAAAUUGUCCGAUCAUUCCUGUUCGUGAUAAAUUACCAAGAUUGAUUGCAUGGAAGCCGCCGGAUGAGAGGUUGUUUAAACUUAAUGUAGAUGGCAGGUCUAGUGGUAAUCUAGGUAGGUCUGGUUGUGGAGGCAUAAUUCAUGACUAUCAAGGUAACGUGGUAGCAGGUUUUGCUCACAUUUAUGGGCAUGCGACGAAUACUAUUGCCGAGUGUCGUGCUCCAUUUGUGUCACUCGCUUGGUUUGAGAAAUUUAUUAAUAGAAUCAGAUUCAAGUGUUGUGAUGGGUUGGUUAGCUUCCGAGAUAUGUAUAUAUUGGUUUCUUUGAAAUUUUUAGGAGGUAAAAGAGUUUGUUCAUUUGCUUAAUAUUCAGUUUCGACAAAAUUUUAGAGAGACUAAUAUGACAGCAAAUGUUUUGCAAAAGAAGGCACGAAGGGUAGAAUUUCAGAUUUUAUUGGUGACACAUCUGUGCAAGGACGUUUCUGGAGCAUUGUUCGGCUAGAUAAAUUGGGCAUUCCUUGUAUUCGAUAUUGAUUUAUUUUAUUGUACAGAAACGUUGUAAGAAUGGUUUCCCUCCGCCUCAGUGAGGAGUUUUAAUAAUAAGAGACUAG